AUCCAAACCGGUGAGCCUGCCGUCUGAGAACCUGCCUUCCGUGGUUCAGCCUGGUGCCUCGGCACCCGCACUUCAGCCUGAUGUCUGUACCCAGCCUGAUGUCUGUACCCGACCUGAUGAACUGAUACAGCCUGAUGAUCCAGUGCCCGCUGUCCGAGCCAGACGAUCCGGUACCUGAUGACCCGGUGCCCACUGUCAUGCCUGGUGACCCGAUGCCCGCUGUCGAGCCAGACAAUCCAAUGCCUGAUGACCCAGUGCCCACGGUCAUACCUGAUGACCCGGUGCCCGCUGUCGUGCCAAUUGACUCAGAGCCCACUGUCGUGCCUGUCGCCCCGCCUGGGGGC